CACCACAUACUAGUCAAAUCUUCUCUCUCCAAUGUGGGCAAUAUAUUAAUGGCACAUCCCACUCUCCACCAUUGCAACAUUACAUUCAUCCACCUACUACUUCACACAAGAGAGAGAAACUCCCUUCAUUGCAAUGGCCAAAGUCUACAUAGUCUACUAUUCCAUGUACGGACAUGUUGAGAAGCUGGCACACGAGAUCAAGAAAGGCGUUGAAUCCGUGGAAGGAGUGGAAGCCAAAUUGUGGCAGGUGCCCGAGACUCUCUCUGACGAGGUUCUCGCAAAGAUGGGAGCCCCGGGAAGAAGCGAUGUGCCGGUGAUCACCCCGAAUGAGCUAACUGAGGCUGAUGGCAUUAUAUUUGGCUUCCCAACUAGGUUUGGGAUGAUGGCUGCUCAAUUCAAGGCGUUCUUUGAUGCGACCGGUGGUCUGUGGAAGACCCAGGCUCUGGCUGGCAAGCCGGCCGGGAUCUUCUUCAGCACCGGGUCCCAGGGAGGCGGACAAGAGACUACAGCAUUGACCGCGGUCACGCAGCUCACCCAUCAUGGCAUGUUAUUUGUGCCAAUUGGGUACACGUUUGGUGGUGGCAUGUUCGAGAUGGAGAAGAUUAAGGGUGGCAGCCCUUAUGGUGCGGGGACGUUCGCAGGAGACGGGACGAGGCAGCCUUCAGAAAUCGAGCUCGGACAAGCUUUCCAUCAAGGGAAAUACUUUGCAGGAAUUACAAAGAAGCUCAAAUAAGUUGACUAAUAUCAUCAUACCAGACUAUGCAUCUCUACGAUUUUAUUUGUAUUUUAUCCAAUUUCUGCUUUGAUUUUUAAAAUUAUGCUAUUUGAGUUUUUGAAGUGUAUGUCAUAGAUAUAUAAUAAUGGUGUAUUAUAUAUGGCUAUCCUAUUUGUGUAGAACUAUAUAUUGAGAUUGAUGCAUUUGGUUACACAUUUAA